ACCUGGUGUUUAGGAGGCUUCAGACACUAAUUAAUCAUAAAGGAGACGAUUCUAAGGGCAAGCACUGGACUUCUGCUCGCAACCCUGUUCCUGACUCACAGAUUCUAUUUGUUUGCACAGCACUGCCCCAAGGAACAACAUAAAAGCAGUUCACAAAGAGACACAAAUUCUACUCAGCAUGAAAAUCCCAGCCAUCUGACGUAGAGGGAUUUAUAGGUUUAGUGGAAAUUGCUUUCCCAGCAUCCAGAUUAAAUACUGACUGGCAUUUUGUCUCUGAACUGGUAAACAUCCUUCUAAUAAUGAGAUUACCCAACAAUGUAUGAAGGCCCAGAUAGAUCUCAGUUUUAGGGCUUCUCCCAUGGACUAAUUUUGGGCCGUAGGCUGCUAGGUAUCAUGCUGACUAACCGUAACGUUCAGACCUGCAUCUUUCUACUUCUUUAGGGAUGGACAAUGUCAACUGAGAGCAGAACCCAGCAGCGUGUGAAAGGCGUACCUGAGCUGUACAAACAGGGCAGCCCUGUAUUUAAGAGAAGUCCCGACAUCACAAAGUCUCCACUCACAAAGUCAGAGCAGCUUCUCAGAAUAGAUGAUCACGACUUCACCAUGAGACCUGGAUUUGGGGGUCCUGCAAUACCAGUGGGCGUUGAAGUACAAGUGGAAAGUUUAGACAGUUUUUCAGAGGUUAAUAUGUUAUUUGUAAAUGUAAUUGGUAUAGAAAGCAUCAUUUGCUGA